AUGGCAACAAGUGGAUGUCAUUGUCGAGAGAAACGUGCUCGAAGAUUUCAACCUAUUGAUAUUAGCAUUUAUAUAUUUGAUGGAGAAAACGCACAAACAUUACAUUGUAUACAAUAUCAUCGCUAUGCCUGCGGUGUUCACUCAUGUCCUAUUAACUAUAUGCCUACAUUUUCCUAUUGUGGAAGUCGUAUGGCCAUUGUGCUUAAUGACAUGGAAACUACAACAGAUCAUAUACAAAUUUACAAAUUACCGAUAUCUGAAGAGGGAGAAAGGAUACAGGGUAGUAAGUUGCUCUAUGUUGUAGAAGAGGGAGAAAGGAUACAGGGUAGUAAGUUUCUCUAUGUUGUAGAAGAGGGAGAAAGGAUACAGGGUAGUAAGUUGCUCUAUGUUGUAGAAGAGGGAGAAAGGAUACAGGGUAAAGAGGGAGAAAGGAUACAGGGUAGUAAGUUGCUCUAUGUUGUAGAAGAGGGAGAAAGGAUACAGGGUAGUAAGUUGCUCUAUGUUUUUGAAGAGGGAGAAAGGAUACAGGGUAGUAAGUUGCUCUAUGUUGUAGAAGAGGGAGAAAGGAUACAGGGUAGUAAGUUGCUCUAUGUUGUAGAAGAGGGAGAAAGGAUACAGGGUAGUAAGUUUCUCUAUGUUGUAGAAGAGGGAGAAAGGAUACAGGGUAGUAAGUUUCUCUAUGUUGUAGAAGAGGGAGAAAGGAUACAAGGUAGUAAGUUACACUAUGCUGUAGAAAAGGGAGAAACGGUAGGUCUAGUUGACACAGAGGAGGUGAGAAAGGGUACAUAA